AUGUCAUUCAAAGUCAACACAUCUGUGCUAAGCAACGCAGAUGGAUCAGCUGAACUCACUAUAAAUGGAACAAAGUGCUUAGUAUCUGUAUCGGGUCCAAUAGAGCCCAAAACUCGUCAAGAACUCCCGACUCAGGCCAGUCUUGAAAUAAUAGUGCGUCCGGCACAUGGUCUUUCCACAACCAGGGAGAAACUUCUUGAGGACAAAUUGCGUUCUCUACUUCAAUCAAUCAUAAUACGUUAUCAGUACCCUCGACAGCUAAUUCAAAUUGUUGUUCAGUUUUUGGUUGUUGAUGAGCAACCCGAAUAUACUUGCAAUGAAUUGAAUGCAGCAAUCAACGGCUGUUUCUUGGCAUUGAUUGACGCGGAUUUAGCGUUGUAUCUGAGCUUUGCAUCCACAAGCGUUUGUCUCAAUCUGUCUAAUUUGACCACAGAUCCCACAGGCGAUGUCAUUGCAACGAGUGACUCCCAUCAUGUAAUAUGUUUCAGUAUACAAGAUGGUAGAGCUGGUAAGUUGUUGCUUUUGGAGAGUGCAGGAGAAUUUAAAGAGCCCCAAUUGUUUGAUUUAAUUUCAAAGAGUGUGCCAAUAGUGGAAAAGUUGCACCAGUUACACAGGGAAGCUAUUGAGGCAAAGAUAGAGAAGGAUUACAUCUGGAGCGACCAAAUGAUGUAA